AACAUACAAUCAUAUCAAAUCAAUAUAAUGAGUAUAACAAGUGACGAAGUCAACUUAUUGGUAUAUAAAUACUUGCAAGAGUCUGGAUAUAAUCAUGCAGCAUUCGCAUUCUUUAAUGAGAGUAAUGUGGCAAGAUCUAGUAUUGCUCAACUGGCAGAGGAGCUACCUCAUGGCAAGUUGGUCACAUACCUUCAGAAAGGAUUACAAUACACACAGGUCGAGACACAUUUGAUGGACGAUGGCUCAGAGUCACAAUGCACAGAGUCUUUCUCUCUAGUAUUACAACAUGUCUGUAGUAAAGUGCUGGUGGUGCCAGCCUCAAAGAAGGAGAGAGAGAGAGAGAAUGACAAACAUAAAGAGCGAGAGAAGGAUAGAGAUAAAGAUAGAGAUAGAGACAGACACAAGAACAAGGACAAGGUACAAGAGAAGAACAAGAGCAAGGACAAUGAUGUAAAGAUGAGGGAUAGCAGUGACAAAGAUAAAGACAAGGACAAGGAGAAGGAGAAGGAGAAAGAGAAUGAUAAGAAAGAGAUAUCGAAUGAUCAAGUGAUUAUAUUGGAGGGACAUAAGAAUGAAGUGUUCAUUUGUGAAUGGAAUCCAAAGAUGUUGUUACUGGCCUCUGGAAGUGGUGAUAGUACCGCUCGCAUUUGGGAUCUCUCCAAUGUCACUCGCUCAUCCGGAGCACUCGUACCAUCAAUCGUUUUGGAUCAUCAAUGCAUGACAGACUCUGAGAAAGCCAUCGAUGUCACCACCUUGGAUUGGAAUGUCAAUGGAGCAAUGUUGGCAACUGGAUCAUAUGAUGGGAUUGCGAGAGUUUGGUCAAACAAGGGAGAGCUGUUACAUAGACUGACACAGCAUAGAGCUCCCAUCUUUACACUGCGGUGGAAUCAACGCGGUGAUUACUUGCUCAGUGGUUCUGUGGACAAGACUUCGAUCGUUUGGGAUAUGACAACAGGUGAGAUGUUGCAGCAGUUUGAAUUCCAUCAGGCGCCCACCUUGGACAUUGAUUGGCGUAACAAUCAUCAAUUUGCAUCGUGCUCCACUGAUCAGACCAUACACGUGUGCGAGCUUGGCAAGACCACACCAAUCAAGACAUUCCUUGGCCAUCAAGAUGAGAUCAACGCCAUCAAAUGGGAUCCAUCCGGGCGCCUAUUGGCAUCAUGUUCCGACGACUACACUGCCAAGAUAUGGAACAUGAACAGUGAUACCUUUGUCCAGGACCUUAAGAAACAUACUCAAGGUAUAUAUACGAUCAAGUGGAGUCCAACAGGACCGGGAUCAGCCAAUCCCAACAAGUCAUUGUUGUUGGCCAGUGCAUCAUUUGACAACACGGUCAAGUUAUGGGAUGUGGAGACAAGCACUUGUGUGUUGGACUUGGACAAGCAUUCAGACCCCGUGUACUCUGUGGCAUUCAGUCCGAAUGGAGAGUAUCUGGCCAGUGGAUCAUUCGACAAGUGUCUGUACAUCUGGUCGAUCAAGGAUGGAAGCGUUGUCAAGACGUACAAAGGAAAUGGAGGAAUCUUCGACAUCAGCUGGAAUCCAAGUGGCGACAGACUCUCUGCUUGUUUCUCCGACAGUACCGUUUGUGUCAUCGAUGUAAAG